UCCACAUCCCACUUCAACCUUUCACGCACCCCCUCUCCAUCCUCAUAUCCAUCGCCAAAACCCUCCCCAACAUCCGCCACAUCCGACUCCUCUUCAUCCUUCCUCAGCCUCCCGUACACCCCGUCCAUCCCCUCAGGCUUGACGCCACCCCCUUCGCCCUCCAAACAACGUCCGAAACCACACCAAUCGACGUUCAGCAUCGCGCAAGCCGAAGCCCUCGCCGCCGUCGAGGCCCAGAAGAACCACCACUUCCGCUUCCGUUUCCUCGGCCAUAAAACGAUAUCCCGAACACGCCUCGUCGUCCUGGCCGUUCCGCUGCUCCUCAUCGUACUCAUCACGCUAUGCACGCGGUACCUCUCUCAUCCUGCCUUCUUUGACAUUGUAUUGGGAUCGCCGGCAGGACAUAUGGAGAUGGAGAUGGAUCAACGUCUAUUAUGGUCCUCGACACAUUCGCCGCACCAGCACAUCCGUCGACAAGACUCCGGUUCUGGUUCAGAUUCAUCCUCGGACGGCAGCGACGACACCACAACGACCGCCUCCGCAAUAACCGCCGCCUCCACAAUCGCCUUCCCCACCUCUCUCUCCGUUUCUUCUGCCUCUUCCACCACCGGCACCUCUGCCUCCACAUCCACAGGACUGCCCACGGUACCAACAGCAACCCCAGUCCUGCCGAGCCCGUUCCCGCAGCCGUGGGACACGACGAGCAAUAAUAAUUUCUCGACGGUCGCGUGUUUGACGUUCGUGAGCAAUAUGACGAAUAGCGAGCCGUUUAGGCAGUGUAGGCCUUUCUCGCUGUUGAGUCAGACGAGUAGUGCGUUUUUGGAGGCCCAAGACAACAGCACGCUGCUCAACGUCGAUGUCUGGGGCACAUGCAACACCCCGGUCGAUAAUGCGACCUGCGUGGCGAACAUGGCCUGGUUCGAGGGACAGCUGAAGAGUGUGUGUGGACAGGAAUUGACGGAUCAGGUGCCGGUCGUCGUGCAGGCUCUGACUGGCCUCGAAACAUACACCCUCCUCCGAACGACAGGCUGCCUCACCGAUCCCACCACAAACACCUACUGCUACCUCUCCGCCUCCUUCUCCUCCAACCCCUCAGACUUGUACUUCUACUCUCUUCCCUGGGGUAAAUCGCUGCCCAACUCGACCCAGCCGACGUGUUCGAGCUGCACGAAGAGCGUUAUGGCGGUUUAUGAGGCCGCGCUGACCAGCGCGGGUGGGGAUGGCGAGGGUGUGCAGGGGUUGAAGAAGACGUAUGAGGAUGCGGCGGGGUUGGCGCAGCAGGCUUGUGGGACGGGAUAUGUGCAGAAUGCGGAGAGUAGUACGAGUGGGGCGCGGGGCGGCAGAGAGAGGUGGAGGGGGUUGAGCGUCGGGGUGAUGGUGGCGGCGGCGGUCGUGGGUAUGGGGUUGCUCUGAUGUUUGAUGCUGGACUGGGUGAUUGGGGUGAGGCGGCGGGCGUGGGGUGAAGAGGAAAGAGAUUUCGUUCCCGGUGUUUAUGUUUGGGCUUUGGGCUGUUUGGAUAUUUACCUUUACCCAUUUUGGUUUUGAUUUGACUUCUUUCUCUCAAAAAACGACUGUUUGGUUGUUGGUUGUUGGUUUCUGGUUAUGAUUUUCGUAGGCUUGUUGUGUUCUUAUACCUCCCCCUCCCCCAUCCCUCACCGACCCAUAUUCGGGAAACGUGUCUGCUUCUCUGCCAUUGUUCCCCUCCCCCUCUUGUCUCUCUUCAGGUUGUUUCGUCUAAGCAUCCACGGUCUUUUCUUCGGUGGGACACUCCUCUGCUACUUACUUACUGUUGUGAUCAAACGAGUACUUUAAUUAAACGCUAAACGUUCUUACUCACCUGCACCCUUUUUGGCCUUUCCUACAUGUGCUUCGAACCAGUCGAUACACAGAUAUGGAUACGGACAUGGACAACUUGAACAUGAUCGGACUGUUCGUCACCCCCCUCGCCAGCCCACCCAACUUUCCACCCUCCCGCCUUGCACAUCUCUAAGAUUCUUCUCCGUUACCUCCCACUCCUCAUCGUUCCCCACUCCUCAACACCCCCACCCCAUCCCCCUCGGGUUAUGGAGACCUUCACUUAUCCGCUUCUUCAUUCCCU